GACCGACUUGCUGAAACAGAAAACAUCUCUACUGCCAUAUACCAUCCGGCUCAUACUUGGUCGCCCGCCCAUGGCCCGACUCAACGAGGCUCCUCUGCCCAUAGAGAGUGUCGAUGCCCUAAAGCGCCGCUUCGUACGCCAAAAUCGUGAACUUGCAAAAAACAACUCUGCACAAUGCCUGCGUAUCCGCGCCCUCGAAUGCGAAGUCUCCCGCCUUCUUGCCGAGAACCUCGACCUUCGUGAAGACAUUGUACACCUCCAGGCCCAGCUGUCCGAUCCUCGUCCAAGCAUAGACAACUCUGCUCUCGUGUCUGUCAAGGACCAGCUGCAGGCAAAGCUCCUCGAGUUCGGUGCUCUCGUCUCGGAGCUCGGUCAGAUACAGACCGCACAUCCCUCGGCCCAGCAACCCAAAUUUUCCGAUCCUGCUUCAUGGCGGCCUGCAGUUCCUGCCGCCAUCCUGUCGGGCCAGGCUCCCACCAUGGACGGCAUUGCUGAAGAAGUCUGCUCUCCUGGUGGCUCCAUGCAUCGCAACCAUCACAUCCGUCGCUCUAAUCACAGUGAACCUUCUCCCGACAUCGGUUCACCUCCAGUAGUCCAUUUCGACAACGAGGACUCCAUAGCCUUCGAUCCUCUGUCGACAGAGACACGUGAGCUGAACAAUUCCGAAGAGCACAGCCAAUACGAACAAGCCGCUUCUGACAGCGAAGAACUGCACGGAAAUCUCUCGGUCAAUCUGGAAACAAGAAGGAAGCGCAAAGAUUCAAAAGUCCAACUACGGAGGAGCUCACUUGUACCACAAGAACUGGACGAAGACGACCAACCGCAGCUCACACGAAAGAGUGCUAAGAGGAAGCUCAGCGUACGAGAUGUGGAAGAUGACAGCGAGAAGCUUGUGGUAAAAGACGACUUCAAGUUCAGCAGGAGGUCUUCGAUUGCUGCCGAUUUCAGCAUGAACGAACCAAGCAUCGUGCCAACAAACGUCCUGGAGGAUACCGACACUCCAAGUUUGAUGCCUGAACGCAAGGUACUGGGCAACAAAAGUGUCAACAUUUCGCCACGAAAGUUGUCGCGAAGCACAAAAGGAAAAGGAGACCCGAAAAAGGAAGAUGCACCCCUCAAGCCAGCAGUGAAGACAGCAGAUCGUAGGAGGUCGAAGAACCCUAGCGCAAAGUCAGUCACGAUUGCGACAACGGAGCCAGAGACGAUUAUGAGAACAAUCGAGAUUGCACUUCCCCCGGCACUUCAGGCGGAAAGCCUGUCAGAAGUAGAGGAUCUGGUACCAAAGACACCGCUACCCGAGUUCUUCUCACCUACGCCAUCAGAGCCUUCUGCGGCGAGAGACGACGGAAGAGACACACCCCCACCAUCAGGACUGAAAUCGAUGAGCUCAGGGCCAGCUGCUCUGAAUGGCGCUAGUAGGCCUUCGCGACGAGCCAGAGCAGGCGUCAACUAUGCAGAACCGAACCUGGUGAGCAAGAUGCGCCGUCCCACAGCCACGAUGGCAAAUGCGGUCGAUGCGAACGGACGAAGAAUUAGCAACAGCACGAGUGCCUCUGAGAAGAAGACUAUGAGGACAGUCAUCAUUAGCGGAGACAACAUGACCGAUUCCUUGACUCGCGACAUGGGCUCCGAGGCGCCGAGCCCUCUAGGUCAGAAGAUGAGUCGAGAGCAGGAGCGAUCAUUCGAACCCAGCAGGAUACCCUCAGCAUCUGGUAGAGCAAUUUCUGCAUUGAUGGCAGGGACCAAGAAGCAUGAGGACGACGUGUGCGAGGAUCUAGGGGUGUACGAGUUGAAGAAUUCUUCAGACGUGGAGGAGAGUAGCAAGAUCAAGAAACGAGGGAGCAGGCGGCACUCUUCGAUGACAGACGGCAGUGAGAGCGAUGCAAGCAAGCAAAGGUCUAGUAGCGCUGCAGAGCUGGCGGUCGAAGCCGAGGCAGAAGAUGAGAGGCAGGAGGCUGAAGUGCAAGAGGCAGCGCGAAAGGCACCCAGAUCAGCACGAGUCGAUCGAAGCGGAGCACGCAGACGCAGCAUGAUGGUCUAG